AUGUUUAAGAAAAAGCCAUCGAUCAAACCUCUCGCACCGCUUCGAUCGUCAGACCGGAGGAAGAUCGCAGACAAAAUUAUCCAAGAGUACAACGUUUCAGUUCCAGAGGCGCCAGCUGCUCAGCCUGAAGCUGAUGAUACCUCAGCCCAAGCUACCACUACACCCAGCCUUGCAUCUAUCCGAAACUCGCUUUUGCCAGAAAACACCCUAGCAGGACGCUUCACAACUACUGCAGGCCCCGAUCUACAGCUCGUCCACGGGACUCUAUACGUCGGAACACACCCGGACGGUGAAGAGAGAGUACUAUGGGUUAGGCUUGAACAGGGACCAGGGACGGACGGACGAAUAUACCCCACAGUUUAUUCACUAUGGCGUAACCCAGGGCUGGUCCCCUUGCUCUGCACGACGGGCCAUGUCAUGGAGAAGCUCUACAACGGUGCAGACCUUAUGACUCCAGGCCUCACGAACGGACCACCAUUUCCGACAGGUGCUGUGCAAGGAGCAAUCGUUGCUGUUUCGAGCUUGGAGAAGCCUAGUGUGCCCACGUUCGUGGGUGUGUGCGAGAUUGAUGUUGCUAGCUUGACGCAAGUACAGGGAGCAAAGGGCCAUGCCGUUCGGGGUAUCCAGUGGGAGGGAGAUGAACUGUGGAGCUGGGGUUCGGCCGGUCGACCUGGUGAACCCUCACCAGAUCAUCUAGAUGGUUGGAUUGGUGGCGCCGAAAACGUUGAAGAGAAUCUUCAAGACCUGGAAUUGGGAGAUGAAGAAGAGGACAUGGACGGAGGCGUGGACGGCGGUGUUCCAGUAAACGAAACCCAAGAGGAGCAGGGAGCGGAGGACGAGGACGACCAGCUCCCACCUCCAACAACAAAAGAAAUCGAUGAUGCUUUCGAGAAAGCCUUCCUAUAUGCGCUAUAUCAGCACAAAAAGGAUAACCCCGGGGAUCAUAACCAUGGCUUGUCAUUCCCAAUUCAGCCAUCGCUCUUGAUAUCCAACCUUAUCACGCCUUAUUUGCCAAUAUACUCACAGAGGCAAGCACAAUACUAUCAAAUUAAAAAGACGUCCUGGAAGAACGUGAAGAAAUUUAUCAAACACCUUGAUAAGAAAAAGCUACUCAAGUCAAAGGAAAGAGGAGGGGAAACUAUAGUUAUGGAUGUUGAUUUCGAUGACAUCCUCGUCGAUCAAUUUGUGCCCUACAGGCUACCAAAGAAAGCUAGCCCUGAGGGUGCAAAGGCAAAAACUAGCUCCGGCCCUGGUGCAGGAGCUAUGUCAUCUGAACAGGUCAAUGUGAAAACCCUGUACCGUCCAAGCAGCAAACUGGUGCCGGACUUGUUUCCGCCAUUAUCCAACACCGACGUGAAUAAUUUCUAUACCGCCUCUGACGUUUCCAAGCGCCUGAAUGAAUACAUCUCCUCUCAAGACCCGCCGAUUAUCUCCCCCUCCAACCCUCGAAUACUCACAUUGAACGCCUUUAUCAGCAACAAGAUAAUUCCAUCCAGUGACGUUGUAACUCUUUCCCGUGGAACCAUCCCCCGAGACACCCUACUCAAGAAGCUACUAGAGGAUCCAUCUCUCUGUGCACCUUACCAUGCCAUCCUCAAACCGAACCAGACACUCUCUGACGUAAAGCCCAAAGCCGGCGCACUUCCGAAGGCAACGAUAACCAUCGAACGCCGCACAGGAUCAAAGCUAGGCACCAAAGUGGCGGGGCUCGAUCGGUUUGGCAUAUCGCCUCAGUUACUAGCGGAUGAGCUAUCAAAGAAAUGCGCUAGCAGCACCAGCGUUAGCCAGGCAGUCGGCGGCGCGAAGGGAGAGAUGGAAGUUUUCCUUCAGGGCGACCAUCGAGGAGUAGUAGAGAAGCUACUUGUUGGCAAAGGGCUCAAGUCCCAGUGGAUUAGUAUCGUGGAUAAGUCCCAGAAGAAGAAGUGA